AUGUCUACUGUUUCCACCAGAAACCCGGUCGACCCUGUCGAGCGGAAGGAUAUCCGAUCAGCUAGUCUCCCCUUCAAACAAGAUAAGGACAAGAGAGAGAAGUGGAGCAACGGUGUUCGACUAUCACCUGGCGUCAUUGUCAGCUACAACAAUGCCGAGGUCUUGCGCGCUAGCAAUGAGGGCCAAAGGAUGAAAAUCCGCCCCAACAAGCAUUAUAGCCAAAUGCCAAAUGAGCCCAAAUCCCAUGCAAACAAGACUCCUAAGCCACACGGAAGCUACGAUGGUUACGAUGGUUGUGCACGCCUCGCCCGCAAGGCUUCGGCCGUGAUGGAUGCUAAGGACCACACAAGCUCCAGUCUCUCCAAAUCACUCCUCGAACUCCUUCCUCAACACUCCAACAACACUGAAUCUGCCAUCCAAGUUGCACUCCGAGAGUCUGCCGUCGCUGCCGAUGCCGAUAUCCUUUACAGCUAUGAUAACAAGGGACCAAGCCCUGGUGACAAGGGCCGCAAGGUUGAUCUUGGUGGCUUGGUCGAUUUGGCAGAGAAGAAAUGGCUUAACAAGAAGACUGAGGAGAUUGUGAAGGGCGAGUACGAGGUCUUAGAUAACUCCGGCGAGACUGUUCAUCUCAAGGCGAAGGGAAAGAAGAGCCCGAAGCAGAAGGCUACUAAGUUCGAACCUGUUGUCCCCAAGGCUGGACUCGAUGACGACGACUUUGAGCUUAUCGAUGCUCCUCUCCCUUAA